AUGGCCUCAGUGGCGCACGGCGCACGCCGCUUCCCAAACAGGGCCGCCUAUCUCUGCGCAGAGUGCGCCAGACUGCUGCCCGCCCUCGCGGCUGGCCCGCAGGCUGUGCGAGCCUUUUCUGAGCUGCGUGCCGCAUCCUCUAGCCUCAGUAAAGAUGCUGCGGAAGCAGUCGAAGGCUCACACCGCACGGCGCCUCAUCCCUCACUGCAGCAGUCAUGCCGCCCCUCCCGCCGAACGUCCAUUGCCGCCCCCGCGCCGCGCGAGCCAGCCGCCGCCCACCACCCCGAAUCGAAGCGACGCGGCUUUCACACCUACUUUGUCACCCACCUUCCCUCGUCGUCGAUGCACCCGGACGCGCGACGCAUCGCCGGCGGUCACAAGCUGCCCCGCGACGCCUCCACGCCGCACACGCCCAGCCCGGGCGCCGGUCCCGCCGUCGCCAUCCCCAACCUGCCGGCCCGCGACCUGACCGUGGUGCGGAUCCCGCUCCGCCGCGCCAAGCACCACUUUGGCUCCGCGAGCUCCCGCGGCAGCCGUCCCUACAACGAGGAUACGGACCAGGCGGGCAUCGUCGACAUUCCCGCCUUUGCGAAGCGCGGGCCCAUGAGCAUCAAGCAGAAGCCGGGGGAGCCCACACCGGCCGAGAGCCAGUCGGGCGAUCCGCAGAUCUUCUACUUUGGCGUGUUUGACGGCCACGGUGGCACGCAGUGCUCGUCGUUUCUGCGCGACGAGCUCCACGGGUACAUUGAAGAGGUGUCGAGCACGUUUGGCCUCGAGAGCAGCCUGCGCAAGCAAAAGCCCGGUCGCGACGCGGCUGCCGAUCACCGCGGCGUCCUCACCAAAGAAAAGGCGCUGCGAUCCGUGCCCCUCAAGUCGCCCGACGAGGUCAAGGACAAGGUUGAGGAGGACAAGCCGGACGCGGCGUCGAUGCGCCAGUCGCCGAAACAUGGAGAGCCGCUGCGCAGCGAGGACGCGGUGCCGGCCAAGCUGCACGACUACCCCAAGGCCGUGCAGCUCGAGCGCGACCUCGUCGCCGAAUACGCCGGCACCAUCGGCGGCUACUUUCGACGUUUCAAUUCGGAGCACUUUGACCUCUCCGACGAUGCGUCGCACAACUCCGUCGUCUCGUUUGAGUCGGCCCUUACCUACGCCUUCCUACGUGCCGACCUCGACUUCGUGUCGGCACAGGCACGCAAGGCCGACCCCGACGACCCGUGCGUGUCUGACGCGCCCGUAAACAACGACGAGAUCCUCGGCGCGCCGCACGCCACGCCGUCAGGCCACGGCAUCGGCGGCGCCACGCGCUUCAAAGGCGGCUCGACCGCCUCCGUCGCCCUCAUCUCCACGCCCACGCCCGCUCCCUUUUGGCACCCCGCCGCCCAGUCAACGCUCCUCGUCGCGCACGUUGGCGACAGCCGCGUCCUGCUCUGCGACACCGCCACCGGCCUGCCCCGCGCCCUCACCUCGGACCACCACCCCAGCACGCCCACCGAGAGCCGCCGCCUGCGCCGCUACGCGCCCGCCGGCUCCAUGGUCUCGGGCGACAGCUUCGGCGAGGAGCGCAUCGCCGGCCUCGCCAACAGCCGCGCCUUUGGCGACAUUCGCUCCAAGCGCAUCGGCGUCUCCGCCGAGCCCGAAAUCACUCGCGUCGACCUCGGACCCGCCCAGUACGCCUUUCUCGUGCUCAUGUCGGACGGCGUCUGCGGCACCCUCUCGGACCAGGAGAUUGUCGACAUUGUCAAGGAGGCAAAGACCCCCGAGCAAGGCGCCCGCGCCGUCGUCGACUACGCCACCGAAGUGUCCGACGACGGCGACAAUGCCACUUGCCAGGUUGUCCGCCUCGGCGGCUGGGAGCGUCGCUCCGAGGGCGGUCUCGGGCCCAUUGGCACAAAAGAGAUGCGUGAGAUUAGACGGAAAGAAGCGUUGGAUCCCCGACGCGGCAAGCGAUGA